AUGUGUACUUAUCAUGGGAUAUUGGAAGAAUAUCCUCUUAUAUCUAUUGAUUCAUUUGAAAGUCAUAAUUAUACAAGUACAAUGUUUUUUAUAACACAUAUUCAUAUGGAUCAUCUUGUUGGUCUUGAACGACCAGCAUUUGGUAAAUAUGUUGCUAAAGUUAAUGCUCCAAUAUAUAUGUCAGAUAUAUCGAAACAAUUAUUAAGUACUAUGCCAAUAUAUCGUCAUUUAAUACCAUAUUUUAAAUCAGUUCCAAUUGAUCAACCGUUUACAUUAACAAUACAAUCAAAUGAUCCUGUACAAGCAAAGAAAAAAGAAGGCGGUGAGAGUGAAAGUAUAAAAAAUACAUUAUCAUCACAUACACCGAAUGUUGUUGAAACAAUUGUUGUUACUUGUUUUGGUUCUGGUCAUUGUCCGGGAUCUAUUAUGAUAUGGAUUGAAGGUGAACAUGGAAAUGUUUUAUUUACAGGUGAUUUUCGUUUAUAUCAUGGUCAAGCAAAACGUUUAGCACAUUUACAUCGACGACGAAUAGAUAAUGAUGAUAAAUAUCUAUUUAAAACGAUUGAUAAUCUUUAUAUUGAUAUGACUUUUUUUCGUCCAGAAAUUUUACAUAUUCCAACACGUGAAGUUUGUUGUGAAGCACUUAUUUUAUGGAUAAAAGGCUUAUUAAAAGAAAAAUCAAAUGCUCACUUUCAUUUUAAACAAAGUGCUCGAGUUGGUUACGAACAAAUUUAUCGAGCUUUAUAUGAAAGUUUAGGUAUGCGUGUACAUGUUGAACAAAGUCAAUAUGAAUUUUUUGCAUGUCUACCAAUCAUACAAGAAUGUUUAACCACUGAUCCAACAACAACACGUUUACAUGCAUGUCGUACACCAUCAUCAAAUUAUACAGAACCAUGUUCUUUAUUUCGAAAUUGUGAUAAACCUAUUCGAAUUUUUCUAUCAAUUAUGUGGUUUACAGAACAAAUAGCUGCUAGUGGAUUAUUAGUUGAAUAUCAUGAAUAUCAUUCAAAUUUUGAUCAAAAUCUAUCGAAACGUUGUCUCGGCUUUCAAGAUUAUGGAAAUGAAACUAAUGAUAUUAUUUAUCCAGAUAAAUAUCUAGGUUAUCGUUUAUGUUAUUCAUUACAUUCAUCAUUUUCUGAAAUAGUUGAUUUUUUAAAAACAUUAAAACCAAAAUGUGUUACACCAAUUGCUGCACCACUAACAACAUUAAUCACAACAAAACGUUUUUUUCAACUAAUUGAUUAUUUUAUUCAAGAUCAAUCAAAUCAUGAUAUCGAAACAUCAAUGAUAACAAUUAGAAAAUUAAAUGAAAAAAUACAAAAAAAAUCAAUUAAUCAUACAAUUCAACUUAAACAUCGUUAUGAAUCAUUUGAAACAAAAUUUGAACGAAAACGUCGAAGAAAAUUAUUUAAAGAAAAACAACAACGAAAAGCAAAUGAUGAAGAAUUAGAUUUAGGAAUGAAUGAUGAACGAGAAGAAAAUCUUUUACAACGAAUUAAUUCCAUAAAUGAAAUAAUUAGUAAUCAUAUGACAACAAAUCCUUCAAAAAAAUUCUAUCGCUCUAUUUCAAUGGAUAUCUUAACUACAAAAGAAGAUAAGAUUCAAUUUGAAAAUAAUUCAUCUGUUAAUAUGUCUUGUGAAGAAUCAAAUUUAACCGACAGUUCCAGUCAAACAAAUUCUAUUCAAUCAAUGGAAGAACAAUCAGAUAUUUUUCUAGAUGAUUCAUCAUCAGAAAUAACUCCUAUUAUUAAUCAUCAACCUAUUGAAUUAUCAAGUAUAGAUUCAAAUCGUCAACGUACAAUAUCAGAAACAUCAUCUGAUACAGUUGAUUAUGAUUUUGAUACAGAAACAUGUGCAACAUUAACAUUUGGAUCACUACAAUCAUCAUUUUCUUUUUCUAAUUCUUAA